UAUAAAUUAAAGCUCAAGCCCAAUAAUCUUUCUUUCACUUCCUGUUGCUGAGAAGAUAGGUUGGUUAAGUUUAUAUUAUAUUUUCAUCUUUGAUAAGCACGUGCUGCAAAUAAAUUUGUCAAAAAAUACAAUUUACAAAUUAUUGUCAAUCUUUAAUUUCGGCUCAAUUAAUGCCGAUGCUUUCAUUAUGUUUUGAUUUAUAUGGAUUUUAUUUCGGGUAGCCAAAUAUUUGGAUAACCUUUCCCUUAGCCAUUUUGAUUUUUUUGUUGAAUUUUCUGAUUUCCUCGUUUGAUCAAGAUAAUUAUCGAUUAAUCUCUUAUAAAUAUAUACACAUGUUAGACUAAUUUUGAAAUCAAUUUUUUUUAAAUUAACACUUGUUUAUUUCUACAUAUUGCGAAUUAUCAACUGAUUAAAAUGCCACCACGGCGGUCCAAACGGAUGAGAAUUGAGACGACAAGGGCGAGCGAAAGUCGAACGGCAAGGACCAGGGAGCAGCGACCCAAUGGUAUAAUGGAUGAUGGCCCAUCAGAACCGGUGCAAACCAAUUCGGAGGUCACACAACCAUCAAGGACAACGGCGUCAUCUUCACAUGCCAUAUGCAUGGACGAUAUUCCUCCAGCAGUCCCAUCGGUCCACAACAUGCUAGACAAACAAAAAGUGUGGUUAGUGGGGUCCUCAAUACUGAAGCAUGCUCAAUUAGAAGCAUUUUUAAGACCUGGAGGUCUUCACCUGAACCUGAAAAGGCUAAAUAUUUCAUUAUGGUGGCAGGGGUACAGUGGCCUGAAAUUGUCUCAAGUAGAGCAGAAGCUUAAAACCCUUGCAAAGGUGGGUCCUGCACCUAAUGUCAUUUUAAUACACUGUGGGGGAAAUGACUUAGGGGAGACUUCUAUUAGAAAACUCAGGCUAGUUUGCAUGAAGCUUUUUCAAUUUAUUCAAACCAACUUCCCACAUUCUAAGGUCAUUUGGUCUUGCAUCCUUCCACGCAUACAAUGGCGUUAUUCUCAAAACUCUCGUGCUAUGGAAUCACAACGUAAGCGCCUUAAUUCUUGUGCAUCCAGGUUAGCCUUGCGGUAUGACGGCGCAAUUAUCCGCCAUCCUGAUAUAAAGCGUGACUCCUUGUUCUUCUGUGAUGGAGUACACUUGUCAAAAUCGGCUAAUGCUGUUUUCCUAAAUACUCUUCAGGGGGGUCUUGAGGCUAUCUUAACAAAAGGGCAUGCUUGUUAUCCGGCUUAGCAAGCUUGCCCUAGGGCACGGUUGUAAGUUAAAUCCGCUCAUACCCCCACCCAUAUGGUGGCGGAGUUCCCAAUCUCUAAAGCUCCAUAGCUGCUUUCGAGUUUGGGAACUUAUGGCGUGAAUGAGCGGCGCUGGUCAUUUCAGACUAGUGCAUGUAUUAUUAUGUGGACAUCGACCCCUGCACCUCCCAAGGGUCAAUCGUAAAUUCUUGACUUCUGCACCUCCCAGAGUCAAGGUAUUAAACCUGUGAACUUUGAACUUUGAGUGAACUUUGAAUGAACUUUGAACUUUGUUUGAAUUUGUUGAAUUAUGUUAACUACAUGUAUGAUGUUACUUGAUGUGUUGAAUUUUGAAAUUUGGGGCAUGCCCUUUGUCAUGUAUGGCGGCCCAUUACCCUUAAACAGCCGUGCCCAAUCAUCGCCAGAUUUGAAAUAAAAUUAAAGAAAUUUAUAAAUGUUUUACUAUUUGUGUUUUGUUGCGCACUUUUCUGAGAUAAUAUUUACAUCCAAUUCUUUAUGUAUUGGAUGGUGUUAUCGAAGAAAGGGCCGACACCAUUAUCUCCCCUUUGUCACGCACUUUAUUACUAGAGUUAUCUCCCCAUUGAAUAUAUAAAUUAAAGCUCAAGCCCAAUAAUCUUUCUUUCACUUCCUGUUGCUGAGAAGAUAGGUUGGUUAAGUUUAUAUUAUAUUUUUAUCUUUGAUAAGCACGUGCUGCAAAUAACCCACCCAUCCCUCCCUUUUGAAAAGGUAUCUGCUGGUUGUUCUCUGUUUUAUUUUUCAGAAACCCUGUAAGGACCUGUCAUCCGGUACGGCUGUUGUAUGCUACACGUGUGCACUUAACACCUGAUUGGCGUGAAUGAGCGGCGCUGGUCAUUUCAGACUAGUGCAUGUAUUAUUAUGUGGACAUCGACCCCUGCACCUCCCAAGGGUCAAUCGUAAAUUCUUGACUUCUGCACCUCCCAGAGUCAAGGUAUUAAACCUGUGAACUUUGAACUUUGAGUGAACUUUGAAUGAACUUUGAACUUUGUUUGAAUUUGUUGAAUUAUGUUAACUACAUGUAUGAUGUUACUUGAUGUGUUGAAUUUUGAAAUUUGGGGCAUGCCCUUUGUCAUGUAUGGCGGCCCAUUACCCUUAAACAGCCGUGCCCAAUCAUCGCCAGAUUUGAAAUAAAAUUAAAGAAAUUUAUAAAUGUUUUACUAUUUGU